CCUCAUCGUACCCGCAGGAUGAGCCAUAAUUAUAAUGACAUCCCUGUGGGUGUAUUGACCGUGCAGAAAUUAUCACGCAGCUGUUGUCCACAAUUGCGAUGGAAAAAGGAAACAAUAUUCAAAGCGUCAACCUUUGUGUUGACCUAUUUAGCCUAUACUUGUUAUCAUAUGUCGCGUAAACCGAUAUCCGUUGUCAAAUCGGUAUUGCACACGAAUUGUAGUGAAUCGGUGGUGCAUAAUACCUCCUCAAAUGACUGUGGCUAUGCACCAUUUGAUGAUGCAAAUGCUCCCGCCUUAUUUGCCGCCCUGGAUUCAGCCUUUCUUUUCUCCUAUGCCGCUGCCAUGUUUGUAUCGGGUUUUGUGGCCGAACGGGUAUCGCUGCGUUACUUCUUGGCAUUUGGCAUGAUCUUUUCGGGUGUCUUUUCGUAUCUCUUUGGCAUGGCCAAAACAUGGAAUCUGCACGCCAUGUCCUUUUUCAUUUUCGUACAAGUCUGUGCGGGUAUAACACAAACAACCGGCUGGCCUGGUGUUGUGGCCUUAAUUGGCCGUUGGUUUGGCAAAUCAAAGCGUGGUCUUGUAUUUGGCAUAUGGAAUAGUCAUACAUCGAUUGGUAAUAUUUUGGGCACCCUUAUCGCGGCCCAAUAUGUUGAAAAAGAUUGGGCUUUGUCGUUUAUAAUGCCCGGUAUUAUUAUUGCCAGUGUGGGUUUUAUAUUGUUUUUAUUCCUGGUGGAUUGUCCCGAAAUGGUGGGAUGUUAUCCUGAAGCCACAGGCAUCACGGAUAGAUCGCCGCCCAAUGAUUCAGAUAUUGAAGAGGAAAAUACCAACUAUGAUGCGGUGAGUGUGAUGAAAGGCCUCCUCCCCCAUAACUCAAAUAUAUAUUUUUCAUUUUCUUUUCAGGAAAUAAAUUAUCGACCCUCAGAACGCACACCGAUUCUAGAUAACCGAUCCGCCACCCACAAUGCCCACGCUGAACGUCCCAUUGGCCUUAAAGAUGCCCUACGCAUUCCCGGUGUCAUUGAAUUCUCACUAUGUUUAUUCUUCUCCAAAUUGGUCAGCUAUACAUUCCUUUAUUGGCUGCCAUUAUAUAUCCAAUCUUCGAGUACCUUGGGUCCGGAACUAUCAGCCGAUUUAUCCAUACUCUUUGAUGUGGGUGGUAUAUUUGGUGCCAUUGUUGCUGGUAUGAUAUCGGAUAUGUCUGGCAUGUCGGCCACAACGUGUAUGGUCAUGUUGUUUUUGGCAUCACCAGUGCUUUUGGUCUAUCAAGCAUAUGGAGCCACUUCAGUAUUUGUUAGUGUAUUUCUAUUAAUUGUUGCCGGAUUUCUGGUAAAUGGUCCAUAUGCAUUGAUCACAACAUCCGUGAGUGCAGAACUGGGCCAGCAUAGCUCACUGGAGGGUAAUGCCAAGGCAUUAGCCACGGUGACAGCGAUCAUUGAUGGUACUGGAUCUAUAGGUGCCGCUGUGGGUCCCCUUAUGGCCGGUAUGAUAUCCAGUGGUGGUUGGCAAAAUGUUUUCUAUAUGUUGAUUGUAUCCGAUUUUAUUGCAAUGCUGCUAUUGGUGCGAUUAGUUAAAAAGGAAUGCACACGCGUGACCAGAUCACGAAUACGCAUAGAAUAAUAU